CGAAAAGGUUAAGAAGAGAAUAAAAGGGAAACACAUAAAUAUUUGGAAACCUCGUGACGAUCUACAAUUCUGAGAACCAGGCAUCGUUCUUCUCCUCUCAUAAGAGUAGGCGCUUGCUUCAAUCGCUGCAGGGCCGAUAAGCUAAGUGAGCGCUGAAGAAUAUGGAUAAGUUACAAGUUCAAGGAGAUGAGUCGGUUCUUUUACGCGUCACCCACUCCAACAUCAAGAGUUUUGCUUCUGAUGUUCGAUUCUCUUUACAGAUGACUGUAGAAGCUGUAAAAGAUAAACUAUGGAAAAAGUGCGGCACUUCUGUUGAGUCAAUGUGCCUCGAGCUUUAUGAUGAUACAGGUGCUAAAGUUUCAGAUCUAGCUGAUAACACGAGACCCCUUGGUUUCUAUUCUCCACAAGAUGGUUUCCGGCUUCAUGUCAUUGAUCUUGAUCCUUCAUCAGUUACGUCUGGUGGUUGGCUGGAAGAUACUUCCCUUGUGGAGAAAUACAAAAUUUCUGAUGAAGCAUAUAACAAACUUGAUGGCACUUACAAAAAGUUCAAGGAAAGAAUGGGAGUUCAACAUUCAAAUCUGGAGUCUAAAAUUUCAGACAACUACAUGGAGGACCUAUGUGCAAACAUAAAGGUGGGAGAUAGAUGCCAAGUUGAAGUAGGGGAGAAACGAGGCAUUGUCAAAUUUGUGGGUCAGGCAGAAACACUUGCACCUGGUUUUUGGGUUGGGAUCCAGUAUGAUGAACCUCUGGGGAAACACGAUGGCAUGGUGAAAGGAAAGCGCUAUUUUGAAUGCCCUCCUCUUUGUGGGGGAAUGGUCAGACCAGAUAAAGUACAGAGAGGUCUUGGAGACAAUGUUGUCAAAGCAGAAUGGCGGUCCAUGGCGGUUCGCCCGAAAAAUGCCACAGCGUAUCGGUUGGGGACUUCCCGGAACGAGAUCCUUUCGAAGAAGAUGAAAUCUAAGUUGAGGAAAACUAUAAAAAGUAGCAUUGAGUCAGCGCAGCUUUUGUUUUGUGGGGAUAAUGAGAGGGUUGUUGCUUGAAGACGAUUUCAAAUGUGUCAUAUCAUAUCAACUUUGUUUUCAUAUGAUUAAGUAGUACUAUAACUUAAUUUUCUAAAGAGAGAAAAUGAUGCAGCUAGUUUUUCAUGUUAAUCUAAAGGUAUGCCAGAGCUUUUGUUCGUGAGCUAUGUUGGCGUCUAACACUGUUAAAUGUUGCAUGUUGUUUUGCCUAUAAAUAUCGAAAUGUGUAAAGAUAAAUGACAACAUAUCGUUGUUACA